AUGCCUAGAUAUCUAAGAGCCGAUGCAACUCCCCUUUCACCUGAAGCAAUUUGCGAGAUUAUGAAUGCUAAAUAUACAAAAAAUGUAUUAUCAGUUUUAGUCAAAAAGUAUAAAAUAUCAAAUACACGUAUUUAUAAAAUUUGGAGAGGACAAGAAUACUAUGCUGGUCUUACAUUUAAGGUUGAUCAAAAUCAAAAUAUUGAUUGGGAUAAAGAAAUCGAAAAAUGGCUCCAUAUUGUAGAAUUGGUCAAGAAUUCGUCUGCACCAACAAUAUUACCUGAGAAUCCUAACCGAACUGAUGAAAAUACUUUGCAUCUAGAAUCUAGUGUUGCGCCUAUUAAUCUUCCAGUACCUGUAGUUGUAGGAGAUACAAAAAAGAGGAACACAAAUCCUUUAGAAUUAGGAAAGGCAUAUUUAAUUGAUAAAUUAACUGAAACUCAAAAAUGGUUACUUGAUGAUUUAAUUAAUUUUGGUUUAGCUUAUAGAAGAAAGAAAACCUCUUCAAGAUAUUAUCCAACAAGAUUGGCUACAACUUUAACAUCGGGAAAUUCAGCUAUUGGAUCCACUAGUUUAGUUGGUGGAUCGUCGUCAUCAUCAUCGUCAUAUGUUACUACUGGUGGAAAUGAAAGCGGAGUUAAUGAUCAAGGAUUCAUCAUUAUUGAAACCAAUUAUAAAUUAUAUGCUUAUACUGAAUCAUUAUUACAGAUUUCAGUUAUAAAAUUAUUUUGUGAAUUGCAAAGUAGAUUUGCAAAUAUGGUAUAUGCUAAUAUAACAAGAGAUAGUAUUAGAUCAGCUUUAAGGCACGGAAUCACUGCUAAUCAAAUAAUAUCGUAUCUAACAAGUCACGCACAUCCACAAAUGAAAAAACAAAUGCCGUUACUACCACCUACAGUUGUAGAUCAAGUUAGAUUAUGGGAGAUAGAACGUAAUAGAUUGUCUAUUGAUGACGGAUAUUUGUAUAAUGAUUUUAGAACUCAAGCAGACUUUGAUAUGCUUUUAAAAUACUGCAGGAAGCUAAAUAUAGUGCUAUGGCAUAGUGAACAAAAGCGUAUGUUUUGUGUAACAGAGAAAGGUCAUGAAUAUGCAAAAAAAUUUAUAAAUAAAAGAAUUGCUCAAAGAAAAGCCGAUGUUGGAAUUUAA